AUGUAUGUGUCACCGGUGCUUUCCAAAAACACUUCACAAACUCCAAAAGAGUAUACAAAUCGUGCAAGAGAUGAGAUUUCUAAAAAAUUAAAUCUAAAGGCUUCAGCUCCUCAACUAAGGCAUGGCUCUUCACCAUUGAAGUAUGUUGCAAAUGCAAGUGAUUCAAGUCCAAGCUUGUCUAAAAGUAAUUCAUCAGAAUCCUUGGAGUUACCAAUGGCAUUAAAUCAAGAAUCACAAAUGUCUAAAGAAAAAUCUAAAUCUAAACUAUUUGGCCUUUCAAGAUUGAAAAGUUUAAGUUCAAAUAAUUCUUCAAGUUCAUUGAGAACAGUGACAAAAGCUGAAGAUCAAGAUCAAGCUCAAGAUAAUGACCAAGAUGUUGAUAUGGAUGGCUAUGAAGAACAUUUAGCAUUGCAUCCAGUCCCUUCAAUUUCAUCUUCAUUCUCAUCACAAUCAUCAGGAUCAACAAUUUCAUCAGCACCAUCAAUCACAACAAAUGCAGAUUCAAUCUUUACAAAUAAUACAAUACAGACUCAAAUUACAAAUGUUUCACAAUAUUCAGGUGAUUCCACUAUAAUACCCCAAUCUCAACAAUCAUAUCAACAACAAUCAAUUCCAGAAGAAUCAAUUAAUUCAUUAACUUUACAUGAUGCUUUACCACAUAGCUUCCAUGAUAUGUAUGCCCCAGAAUUGUUAGCAGAUCCUUCAUUACUAAUAGACGGACGUCCAAUGUUUACCAAAAGAGCCUUAUUAGAUUGGGAAUUGAAUGAUAUACGGUCAUUAUUGAUUGUGGAACAAUUAAGACCAGAAUGGAAUGGUAGAUUACCAGAAAUUAAAGUUCCAUCUGGAUUUAAAUUACAAUAUUUACCAUUAGAUGCAGAUGAUGAAACUGUUGUUCGUGUAUUAGUGGAGAGUGAUAUUUAUAAAGAAUCAAAAUUUGAUUUAAAUUUUAGAAUUCAAACUGCUAAAUAUACUUUAAAUGCAGCAAGACAAAGACAUGCAAUGUUUUUACAAAAUUCAGGAAUCCCAUUGUUUUAUAAUAAUAGAUUAUCAAAACCUGAAUGGAGAAAUGUUAUUGAAAAUUAUUUAUUAAAUUUAGCUGUUGAAUCUCAAUGUCGUUAUGAUUUUAAGAAGGCAUGUCAUGAACAGAAAAAAUUCAAAAGAAAUCAAAGUUUACAAUCAUCUAGUUCAAAUGGUGGUAAUUCAUUAUUAAGAAAAGCUUUAUUAAAUGAUGUUAAUAAAGAUUCACCUGUUAAAUUAACAAAAGAUGAUAAAGCUAAAUUAUGGACUCAAGUCCAAAGUAAAGUAUACAAAAGAAUUGGCCUUGAUUGGACUCCAGAUACUUUAUAA